AUGAUAAUUUACUACCAACCAUACACUGUGUUGAGAGCAAUUAUUCCAGAGUCGAUUGUUAUCUAUGAUGAGGUUUGGCUGCAUAAUUUGGUUCCUUCACAUGCAACAAAAUUUUUACGAAACCCUAGAUUGAAUUUGUCUUUGGACGAAAGUGAACUUACCAACCCAAUAACAAGCCAACCAACAUGUAGUCAAUUGGGACAUGCUGUAACAACAUGCCAACAACAUUCAACAACAAUCACAUCUACUGAUUCAGAUAAACAAACUUCCAAACAGCUUACAACCAGUCAACCACGACCAAUAUUUAACAAAAGCUCAGUACCUGGAUUUACAACCAACUCUGGAGUCAAUUCUAUAUCUCAGUAA